AUGUCUGGUGACUGUUCCGUUUCCGGUCAAUGUGACGAUCCCAUGAAUACCCAUCAAGCUGAUGGGGACGAUUUGAAGACGAUGGAAACGGAAACAAUAGUUGAAGAAUUUGUCAGAUUAAAGCUAAAACAAAGUGCAGGGAUUGUUCAACGCCGGCGAACUUCAACUGAUAUGGAGACACAAGCUUUAAUUGGUCGUCUUAUAGAAAUAUCAAAUGAGUUAGAAGCUCAAUAUGGCGAACGAUUGAAUCAAGAUGCUGAAAUGUGGAUCAAGUCAGCCACCUAUGAAAAGUUUCUACAGAUUGCAAAAGGAGUUUUUUCGGAUGGGAUUAUUAAUUGGUCACGAAUUGUGGUAUUGUUCAUGUUCGCUGUCAAAGUGGUAGUCAAUGCAAUUUCAAAAGGAUUUAGUGGUCUUGCUGGUGAUGUCAUAAAAUUUGUUGUUAAAUUUGUUUUUAUUCAUGGUAUAUACAAAUGGGUCGAGAGUCAUGGUGGUUGGGUGGCUGUUUUACGCGAGUACACCCCACAUUCUAAUUCAAGUGGUCUAUUUGUAUUCGGCCUCACUCUGUUAAUUGUUUGCUUAUUGUUAACAAGAAAGAUUUAA